AUGGAUAUAAAGAAGAAAUUCAAGAUACUCAUUGGUAAACAGGAUGCUCUGCGCUCUCCUGUUGAGGAUUCCCAGAUUAGUCCAGAGCAGCUGAGUACAGAUCCUGCUGUUGCAAAGAUUAAGGAACAGCUACGUGACCCUCAUGUUGACCAAGAGAUUUUAGAAAGCAUUGAGGAAACUUAUUACAGCUCAGAAGAUUUUGAUACAAGUGAAUAUGAACUUCAGAAACUCCCUGAAACUCUUGACCUCCAACAGAUUGAUGCCGAUCGAGGCCGCCUCCGGGGCCAACUUGAUGUGGUUUCCCGGAAAGUCUAUGAGUUGGUGCUUCAGAAUCAUCCUGCCUAUGCCACAGAACUUCAGAGAGUCAUGGAACUUCAAAGAACCCUUCAGCUGGCAGGAACUAUUUGUGGAACAGGGCGCAAACAGCUAAUGAAAGCUCGAGAAAGUUUCACAGCCACAAGUCUUGGUCUUUUAGCCAAUUACAGAAAGCGCCAUCAAUUAAUGGGUUUGCUCAAAUCUCUUCAUACAAUCAAAACAUUGCAAAGAACCGAUCUGAGACUUCGAGAAAUGCUUGAGGAAGAAGAUUACAGUGGAGCAAUUCAGCUCUGUCUGGAAUGUCAAAAGGCAGCCAGUACUUUCCGCCAUUUUCAUUGCAUUAGUGAAUUGAAUUCCAAGUUACAAGAUACUCUUGAAAUGAUUGAAGAGCAAUUAGAUGUGGCACUUUCCAAAACGUGUAACAAUUUUGAUGUGGGGCAUUACGAAAAGGUGCAGACGGCAUACAGACUUCUAGGGAAGACACAGGUUGCUAUGGACCAGUUACAUAUGCAUUAUACCAGUGCUAUCCAUAAUACAGCAUUCACUAUUGUCCUUGGAUACGUUGAGCUCUACUCUGGAACUGGUAGCACCAAUUUCCAGAAAAAACAAUAUUCUGAUUUAUGCGAGCAUAUUACAGUGGAGAGUUUCACUCCUUGCCUCACAGAUCUGUGCAAGGCAUUGUGGGAAGUAAUGAAAAGUCACUAUCAGACCAUGUUAUGGCAUGAACAAAACAACAAAGACAUAGCAGAAACAGAGCAAACUUCGAGUAAUGUUGAGAAUACUUUCAACCGUCGUUAUGUCAAACAGAAACUGCAGCAUGGCAUGGGACGAAUUUGGCAGGAUGUACAACAGAAAGUCAAGACAUUUAUUUUGGGAACAGAUCUUUCCUUUUUUAAAUUUGAAGAAUUUAUUCAAGUCCUUGACCUUGUUAACAGACUAAUUGAGAUUGGAGAAGAAUUCUGUGGAAGCAAAUCUGAAAGUCUUCAAGAUGUGUUGAAACAGCAAAGUCUUAACUAUUUUAGGAAUCAUCACAGAGUGAAAAUGGAUGAACUAAGAAUGUUUUUGGAGAAUGAAGGCUGGGAAUUGUGUCCUAUUCGAUCCAACUUUAACUUGCUUCAAUUACUGGAAUUUCGAUUCAUGCAAAACUGGAGUCAGAAUUCAUCAGGUGUAAAUUCUCCAGCUAAGAUGGAUGCUAAACAGGAGACAAAAACAAAUCUUGGCACCGGUUAUUUUUUCAAUUUUGAGGAGAAAUGUAAUCCUUUUGAUCUGCAACCAGAAGAGGAAGAACAGGAAGAUGUCUUUGCUAAAAGCAUGGACCGUGAUGGGUUUGAUGAUGGUAGUGUUGAGAGUGAUAGUGACUCUGAUGUUCCAGAAGAGUUGAAGCAGGAAUAUAUUGAUGAACACACAGGUGAAACCCAACCUAAUCAUCGACGACCACGAACUCGAAGUAGAAGUGGCUUCAAAUCUGUUCCUAUUGUCACCAAUACAUCACUCAACAUUCUCCGUGUCAUGGGUCGUUACAUGAAGAUGAUGACGAUUCUGAAACCAAUUGCUUUUGAUGUGAUUACUUGUAUGUCUCAAUUGUUUGACUACUAUAUGUACACUGUUUAUAUAUUCUUUGCCUCUGAUGGGCCUGAAAUCAACGACCGUACAAUGAACAAUCGUCUAAAAAUCUCUUUACAAAGAAUCCAUGAAAGCCUCAUUGCCGAUGAGACUGUCCCUGGUAUUAAUGGAGCCCCUGAAGAACGAACAGACAAAAUUCCACAAGCUCACCUUUCACCAAUUGUGGACUUAUCCAACCGAGAAAAAUUAUAUGGAUUAUCUGAGCGGAUUGUUGCUGCUGAAUCCCUUGUGUUCCUGGCCGAACAGUUUGAGUUCUUGCAGUCCUAUUUGGACGGCACUAUUCCACAGAAUAAAAAAGCUUUCCUGCAACAGUUUUAUUCCCAGACAGUUAAGAUGGCUGCUGAGCUGAGGAAGCCUAUUUAUCGUGUUGUUUCUACCCAAGCCAUUGAUUAUACAAGUCUUGUUUAUCAAAUGUCCAUGGUCAAGUGGGACGUAAAGGAUAUCAUGUCACAACACAAUACUUAUGUUGAUAUAAUACUCAAGAGUUUUGAAGAUUUCAAGUUUCGACUACAUGAGGUUAGCCGACAUGUUCCCAUCUCCAAAGUUGUCCACGAUACAUUGUGGGAGCAUUGUGUGCGGUUGGCCAACCGCAUGUUUGUUGAAGGAUAUGCAAAUGCAAAAAAAUGCAGCAAUGAAGGCCGUGCAUGGAUGCAACUUGACUUUCAACAAUUUCUCACCAAGCUAGAAAAAUUUGUUGAUAUAAGACCAAUUCCUGAGAGAGAAUAUGUGGAGACGUAUAUAAAGGCUUAUUAUUUACCAGAAAUUCAACUUGAGGUUUGGCUGCAGGAUCACAAGGAGUAUUCGAAUAAGCAACUUCUGGCCUUGAUAUCUUCUGUUGAUCACAUCAACCGUAAAGCACGACAACGACUUGUCAAUAUGGUCGAUGAGUUUGAUAAGAACAGACGAUGA